AUGUUCGCGAAGCCAAGACCUAAGAAGAAUAUUCUUCCUUUACCACACAAGAAGCGGAAAGCGACAUCUGGAGUUGAAGAAGUCAAUUUCGACUUCGAAGCGCGAGAGGAAUACCUAACAGGCUUCCACAAGCGCAAACAACAGCGUAUCAAAAAUGCCCAGGAGGAGAAUGCAAAGAGAGCUCGUCAGGAGAAGCUUGACAUGCGAAAGCAGAUACGAGAAGAACGAAAGCGCGACGUUGAAGAGCAUGUACAGACCGUGAACAGAUUGCUACGAGAGUCAGAAGCUGCCGGUGCCGUCGAGCAAUCGGACGAAGAAGAAGACGAAGAAUGGGACGGUUUUGCUGAUCAGCCUGAGCUUGACAUCGUCGACCACGAAGAAGAGUACAUCGAUGAGGACCGUUAUACAACAGUCAAGGUCGAGUCUGUUUCGGUAACAAGGGACGGAUUCGAGAAACCACAGUUCGAUAACGAAGACAAGAGCCAGGAUCAAAAACAGGAAGAGAAGAAGGAUGAUACGAAAGAAAAGGCACGACGGGAACCCAAAAAGAAGAAGAAGAAGUUCCGAUACGAGUCCAAGUUCGAUAGACAGCUCACAGAGAGAAAGCUGAGGGCCAAAAAGGCAGCAAGAAGGUCGGGCUAA